AUGGAACUCGCUUAUCAGCGAAUGCAGAUCACAGAACUUACGCAUCGAUUAGAUUACGCUCGCCAACAGGUAGAUGCACGUGAUCAACUACUAGCCGAUAGCGGCCUCGUAUUGUUAGGUUCAGAAUCUUCUUCAGCUAACGAGGAUGCUUCCAAUACCUCCGCUCGAACUAAUCAAGUUGUUCAUCCUCUUGAUGAGUUGGCACCUCAUCGGCCUCCCUUCCUACAGGGCCAGUCCAGAGGCUCUGCUCAGCCCUUAACUUCUUCUCAUACAUCCACUCGUAAAACUGUCUCUGAUCACCACAAUGGGCCUGGUCUUGUUAAUGGUGAUCUCGAAACUUCAGCUAGUGUGGGUUCAAAUUCAGAUCCACUUAACAGGCAUGAACACAAAACGCCAAUCCGGAUUCCGGGAAUGGCUUUAGUUACUCUUUCCAUGGCCGAAAGAGUCCAUGCAAUUCCUGGAUCCGAUUUCGAAUCUCGAUUGGUCCGCCUUCUCGAUGAUCGAGAUGAAGCACAGGCCAAAAUCGAAGCCCUAGAAGCAAGAUUAGAAGAGGAGAAACAGAAGAACGACAUGAUACAGCGCUAUGAUAGCCGAUCUCGCAUCAAUGGACGUAAUUCUGAAGACCUCCAGAAGGACAUUCAAACAUCACGGUCACAGGCACAGGAGUACAAGUUUAAAUUACAACAAUCUCUGCAAAGAAUCACCGGCCUCGAAAGCGAUCUUCCCUCUAUUUGCAGUUUCACUUCUCGGAAUCCAGUUUCCCCUUAUAGGCAGCAUCAUCUGAGUCUUCCUCAUUUUGGUCUUUCCUUUGAGUUUUACUAA